AUGAUCAUUUUUCUCUGACUUCUAUUAGAUCAUGCUUUCUAGAGGCAGAUCCUUACAGCUCAUGACUGCUCUUCUGAACAAGCAGGAAUGUUGCCUUUGGAAAAACUAAUCAAUUACUGGCAUUUUGAAAAAGAAACUCAGAGAAUGAAAGAAAGACGUGAUCUACAAACCUGAAUGCAACCUGAAAGGUCCAAAUAGAUGAGCUUGUGACAGCCUUUUCCAGUGCCCAGCACAGGGAUCCCACAAACUCCAGCUGUGUCUCCUCAGAUCUGUACAACAUUGACUAAGACUAUCAAAAAAUUUCAACUGUUACAGCUGUCACAGAAAAUAGCUGGGGCCAGCUGAAUGUCAGGAUGCAAGUAGUUACUAUUAUACUACUACUACUUCUUUGUAAAGCAUCUGACAGUAGGAAGACAAGGAAUAGGAGUCUGAGAAACAAUGAAAGGGAAAACAUCUUAAGGAGAGCAUCUAGCACUGUUAAGCGCAGUGCCCAAGGCCUACCAUGUGAUAUAUACACUUAUCUUCAUGAGAAAUACCUAGAUUGUCAGGAAAGAAAAUUGAUUUUUGUGGCACCUGAUUGGCCAGAGGAUUUAAAACACAUGCUGCUAGCAAGAAACAGGAUUCGUAAACUGAAGAAUAAUAUGUUUUCCAAGUACAAAGCACUGAAAAGUCUGGAUUUACAACAGAAUGAGAUAUCAAAAAUUGAGAACGAGGCUUUUUCUGGUUUGAAUAAACUCACCACACUCUUACUUCAGCAUAACCAAAUUAAGAGUUUAUCUGAGGAGAUCUUUAUUUAUACACCCAGUCUAAACUACCUACGUCUUUAUGAUAAUCCCUGGCAUUGCAACUGUGAACUAGAAGCUCUUGUUACAAUGCUGCAGGUUCCAGCAAACAGGAAUUUGGGAAAUUAUGCCAAGUGUGUGCAUCCAAUAGGACUGAAAAAUCAAAAACUAAAGCAGAUAAAAGCUGAACAGCUAUGUAGUGAAGAAACCAGGCAGGACCCCCAAAAUAUAAAACGGGAAAAGCCUGAAGCUGCCAAACCAGAAUUUGAUUCCUCUUCAUGCCACAUGUAUGUGUUUCCUGUACCAACUCUCAACUGCAGAAGAAAAGAUUUAAAGAAAGUUCCAGGUAACAUACCUCCAGAUAUAGUUAAACUCGAUUUGUCCAGCAACAAAAUUAGACAACUGCGAGCCAAAGAGUUUGAUGAUGUCAGUGAACUGAAGAUAUUAAACCUAAACAGUAAUGGAAUAGCCUACAUUGAUCCUGCUGCUUUCUCAGGCCUCAAUAACUUAGAGGAGCUGGAUCUAUCAAACAACAGCUUGCAGAAUUUUGAAUAUGGAGUACUGGAAGAUCUUUACUUUCUAAAAAUACUGUGGCUGAGAGACAACCCUUGGAGAUGUGAUUACAACAUUCAUUAUCUGUUCUACUGGUUGAAGCAUCACUACAAUGUUCACUACAAUGGUCUCGAAUGCAAAAUGCCUGAGGAAUACAAAGGAUGGUCCGUUGGAAAAUAUGUUAGAAGUUAUUAUGAGGAAUGCCCAAAAGACAAGCUGCCCAUUUAUCCAGAAACUUUUGAUCUGGACAAAGAUGAUGAGGAAUGGGAGCGACACAAAGAACAAUCAGUUCAAACAGUAAAGAAGCAUGGUGUAAUUGUCACUGUGAUAGGCUAACAAGGGAAUCCCUCCUUUCUUUUUUUUAGUACAUUCAAAUAUUUGAUACUUUGACAAAGAAAAACAAGCUGUUUACAUUUUUUGUUAAUUGUACUGACUCUUUGUAGGGCUAUCUGUCUACAAAGAUUUCUGUUUAUUGCAGUUAAUUACAGAAUGGCAUUAGUUACACAUCAUCCUUCAUCAACUAAUUGUUUCUGACCAUUUGUUCUGGACAUUCUUGUGAAAUAUUUUGGCAAGUAUUUGAAACUAUAUGGUAGAAAUAGAUAGGCACAAAUGUACAUAGUGUGGUGCGGAGGAGCUGUCUUAUGCAUGAAUACAACUUUUGUGCUGUCACAGAACUUGCUGCAGGAUUGUGACCAAGACACAUUUUUCUCGAAUGUGUUGUCAGUCCUCUGUAUCUAUCACUUUCCUGAAGUAUUCCCAGAAAACAUUUCUAAGAUUUUU